GUGAUACCUUUAUGAUGUGGACAUGUUGGUCAGACGAUUUAUCAUAUAUUUUAAGACGUAUCAUAAUUACAACAAAUAUGGAAGUGAAGGUAUUUAUUGGAGAUAAAGAAAUUUCUUUUGCUAUUAAAAUAAUUCAUUAUAUAUCAGAAAUUGAACAAAUUUUAAAGAAAUUACAAACUAUAUUUCCUUGUGAAGGGGUUAAUGAUGAAAAUAGAGUUGCAAAAUGUCGAGGUUUUGUAAUUAAAAGUGAGUACAGAGUAGGACAGAUAUUGAGAUGUUUAACAUGUACAAAAAGUAAUUUAACACCAAUUCAAAAAUUAAGAAAAAAAAAUGAAAUCCUGAAAGGGUUAGAUUUAUAUUGUAAACGUCGAGAAAAGAGGCUUCGAGAGAAAAUUAAAAAAUUAUACCUGAAAGACAUAAAUUAAUUCAAAUCAAAUCAAAAGGAUAUUUAAUGAAUCCUUCUGUGGCUUUAUUUCAUCUGCUUUCAACUGCAGAAAAAGGAGUAAUAGAGGCAACACAAUAUGGAGAAAUUAAUGCUGAUAUGUUAUUUGAAAUAAUGGAAUUGAUCAACGAAGAAAAGAAUCCUGUAACUUUCCUUGGCUGUGAAAAACAUAAUUAUGAAUUUACUAAAAACAUUCGUUUUUAUUUAAUAACACGAAUGUUUUUCUUAACCAAGCAGGCAAAUAGAAAUGAUAACGUUGAAAGAGAAAAAACAAAAGAGAAAAGAAAAAGUUUAAAAUUAGUUAAAACAAAUGUUCAAAAUGAUCCAAAUAUGUAUUUUCAAAUUGAGGAAACAAAUGCGGUUGAAACUGUAAUACAAAUGAAAAAAAAAAGAAAACGUAAAAGUGGA